AUGGAGACAACCACAUCCCCGCCGACACCAGUUCCGCCGUGCUAUUGGCAAGAAAACCGCGAUAUCUUCGGCAACUGCUUCCCUGUCGACUGUGACAGGGGCAUCUACAAUCAGAGUGACCAGUGUGGAGACGGGGUAUGCUGCGCGACGGGCGACAAGAUACAAUGCUGUGAUGACAUUAACGAGUGUGAGACCAACAAUGGCGGUUGUGAGCAGAUCUGUACCAACACCAUCGGCAGUUUCGAGUGCUCUUGCAGGGAAAAUUUCGUCCUCGCCAAUGACAGCUUGUCCUGUAACGCGGAUCUGCCGUGCUAUUGGCAAGAAAACCGCGAUAUCUUCGGCAACUGCUUCCCUGUCGACUGUGACAGGGGCAUCUACAAUCAGAGUGACCAGUGUGGAGACGGGGUAUGCUGCGCGACGGGCGACAAGAUACAAUGCUGUGAUGACAUUAACGAGUGUGAGACCAACAAUGGGGGCUGUGAGCACAACUGUACCAACACCAUCGGAAGUUUCGAGUGCUCCUGUAUGGAUAAUUUCCUCCUAGCCAAUGACGACCUGGCCUGUAACGCCGCGGUGUGUCAUUGGGAAGGCGGCCCCGGUUUCUUGGGCGUCUGCAUUACUGGCGACUGCGUUACUGGCACCUUCAUCCGGAGUGACCCCUGUGGAGACGGGGACCCCUGUUGUUCUGUAGGCGAAUAUAUAUAUUGCUGUGAGGUAAUAUAAAAGUGGCACAAAAUGGUAUGGAAUACUAAUGAAAGUAUGUUACAUUGUUAAGUGGCAGAUUCAGAACGAGAUAAAGACAAAAACUUAUCCUGACAGCAAGUGUAAUUAAUUGUACAAGCGGCUGGUAAUUUUUAACGCCAUGUCAUCUUUUGAGCAACUCCUUCUAAGUUGCUUUUUAGCAUACUAUUUGAUGUUUAAAUAAUAGACUAAUUAUUUUCAAUACCCGAAGUUGAGAAGUUGUCAAGUCCUGCGGCAAUGAGGAAUUCUGAAAGCCUGUAAACCCGAUAACUCAAGAAGGCUUGGAUUGAUUGUCUUGAUAUUUAGCAGGUGGGUUGGUCUCAUUGAACCCUCAAAACGAUUAUAUUUGGGCCCUCUAGCUGCUUGUUAAGGAACUGCAUCAGAACUUACUGUUUUGAUAUGGUCACAAAUUCUGAAUGGUAGGUAGCUCUUGUGCUUGGAAAGAGGUGACAUGAGUUUGGACCUCCUAGCAGCUUAUUCUGGUACUGCAGGGGUGUUUGUUGAAAAUAUUUGAAGGAUAACUCAAGAACCAGUUGACAGAUCGUCGUGAUGUUUGGUAUAAAGGUAGCUUACGUGAUGCUUGACACAAUGAAAUAACAUGACAAAAAUUAUGCAAACAAGGACCAAAUUUGCAAAGUAAAGCUGCUGCGUUUCAUGAAAUGAAUAUUCAAACUUGGCAUGUGUAAUUGAGAACAAGGUAAACAUCUGCAGAUAUUGAUUAUGUGCAUGAAGACCUAAUUUGCAUAGUUGAUGAGAAAAUUCUAUAAUUCAUUAGUGGUAACUGCCGUUAGUUUCAUACUUGCGGCAUUUGGAGAUUAAGUAAAGGUGAACAUCAUUAAACAUUCAAACAUUGCAUAAUUUAUGAGGAAAUGCUCGAUUGCCCCUCUAUGUUCAGAUAAGAUGGUCAUUUGGUCGGGUAUGU